AUGCAAACUUGCAGAUGGUGGGAUGGGAGCGAAAAGUUGACCUGCGAGAGGAAGGAGGGGACCAUCCAUCCCAGGGUUCAUCCAUUUCACUUUCACGCAGUCCCUGAUACUCACUUCGGCAAUCAUCCUCGCAACAUCCAGGUGCGGGUUUGGAGAAUUAUCGAGGAAACCCUGCGAAUAAAUGAGGUCGCUUCUAUUCGCCACUGCGGCCGUGCUGCUUUUCUCAAGCGGCUAUGCCCAGAGAAGGCCGCCGAACUACAGCCAGGAUAACAUGCCUGAGACGAGUUUCGAGUGCAGAGACAAGGAUAUCGGCGGCUACUAUGCUGAUCCUGAGGCCGACUGCCAGAUGUUCCACGUUUGCGUGAAAAUGGGACCAAGUGAGGCCAUUCAAGAUUUCCGUUUCCUGUGCCCCAAUGACACAAUGUUCGACCAGGAGAACCAGAUUUGUGCAAAUUGGUUUGACAUCGACUGCGAAGCCUCCACUUUGUACUACAGCAAGUCCUUCGACCUCUUCCGUGUUGGUCACGGCCCUGCCUCUGAUGACAUUCUCCAGCGCGCCCCUGAACCAGUGAAGUUUGUUUCGGUUAAGCAGGCGAGCAGGAGACCGCAGCCACCUAAGCCUGCAGAAGACGAAUUCUUCCGCACCGCCUCUAGCUCUGACAUUCACCGUGGCAGAGAUGAAGAGGACGAAUCUCCUUCCGCGCCCAAGCUCUCAGUUCCUGCUCCCAAGCCCGCGGCUCCAGCUCCAAAGCCAGGACAGCGGCUUGUGAGACGCAAGCAGCACCGCCGACUCCGCCCUGUGCAAGCUCAGCAAAACGAAUUCACCUCUAACCAGCAGCAAGCUGUCGUUCAGCGUCAGGAAACCGUCACACCCCGUGUCGUCGUUUCUAAGGCCCCACCGAAAGAUCUGCAGCCUCCUCUGUCAAUCACCGUGACGGAAGCACCUGCUGCUACCACAAACACUUUUACUCCCGAGGAACCAGUGAACCCAGCGUCAACUAUUUCACCCACCACAUACGCUGCAUUCCAAGCUAGGAAAAACUCACAACGCAAGACAUCUGGCGCACCCGGCAAGAAAGUGAAUUUGGCUAACAGGUCUCCUCUGCCUCGCGUUCAAAAUGAGUUCACAACUCCCGCUUCAGUGAAAUUGGCUGAGAACCAACAGAGGCAAGAACAGGCUGUUAUCAAUCAGCAAGCUAACAACUUCAACCAGCAGCAGAGACAGCCUAAGCCCAGCACCAAUAACCCCAAUAACCUCAACCAGCAGCAACAGAAUCAGAGAGAGCCUCAGGUUGCCAACAACUUCGACCAACAACAGAAUCAGCAGAGACAACCUCAGCCAGCUGUUAACAACUUCAACCAGCAGCAGCAGCAGCAGAGACAGCCUCAGGUUUCCAACAACGUCAACCAGCAGCAACAGAGACAGCCUCAAGUGGCCAGCAACUUCAACCAGCAGCAACAAAGUCAGCAAAGACAACCUCAACAGGCUAACAACUUCAACCAACAACAGAAUCAGCAGAGACAACCUCAGCCAGCUGUUAACAACUUCAACCAGCAGCAGCAGAGACAGCCUCAGGUCUCCAACAACUUCAACCAGCAGCAGCAGAGACAGCCUCAAGCUGCCAGCAACUUCAACCAGCAGCAACAAAGCCAGCAAAGACAGCCUCAGCAGGUUAACAACUUCAACCAGCAGCAACAGAACCAGCAGAGACAACCUCAACCAGCCAGCGACCUCAACCAGCAGCAGAGACAGACGACUCAGUCUGCCAACAAUUUCAACCAUCAGCAACAGAAUCAGAGACAGCAACCGUCCGCCAACAACUUCAACCAGCAGCAGACCCAGCAGAGACAACAGCCAGCUGUAAAUAAUUUCAACCAGCAGACAAGACAACCUCAGCAAGCUAAUAACCAGCAGCAAGCGCAGAACUUUAACAAUCAACAAAGACAGCCUUCUCAACAGCAGCCAGGCAACCUCAACAACCAGCAAAGAUCACCGCCGGUUCAGCUUCCCCUGGACGACUUCCAAAAGUUGAACAACAAGCAGGUCAACCAACAGUCACAGCAGAUUAAUUCCCAAAAGAGCCAGAUCAGCGAACAGAGGGUCAACCAGCAGCAGCAAUUCCAGUCCUUCAACACGUUUAGCAGCCAGCAGCAAUCCUCGGCGAGCACCUUCAGCAGCCCCAAUCCAUCUUCUUUUAACCCUUCGACAGUUAGCCAGUUCAUUAAUCCCAGCACAACAGUUGCACCUGCUGCCGCCUUCGGUUUCCAAAAUCGCGCAAGCGUCUCGCCGAAACCCUUCCAGCUCCGUCGCUCUCAAAGGCCCCGCGAAAAUGAUUUCUCUGAAGAAAAGGAGGACGAACUUUUGAGGACGGCGCACUCCUCUAGCUUCAGAGCUUCCGACUUGAACGCUAUCCAGCGCUCCCAGGCCAACUCCCAGUCCACGUUUGGUGCAGACAAAACCUUUGCUCCGACGAAGCCACCCGUGAGCAUUAGUUCCCCAAAGCCAUUCAGCAAGCCAAGCACUGCCUUCGUCGCCCAAACCUCUCGCGUUACUAGCAGCACUACGUUCGCCCCCAGACCUUCUACGUUCCCCAGGCCAAUUUCCAGCAGCACCUCACGACCCUUUGUAACUGAAACCAUUCCCUCUUCACCCUCCUCCUCAUCCUUUGCACCUAAUUCGACCGACCAGCCAUCCCGCAACAAGAAGGGCAACUCUGACUACGAUUAUGCCUAUUAUGAUGACACGCCGUUUGACCAUGAGUACGAAGGCGUUGAUCACAUCAGCGAGUUCUCAAGAACCAAUGCCAAAAACCAGGGCUGAAUGAUGGAAAGUACGCGCAAAGACUCAAAAGCUCGUGUGUUACCUCUGAAUCACUGUAAAUACUGCAUGUUUAAUCUGUAAUUUGUUGUGAGUUAAAAUAUGUGAAAUGCUGCAGCUUGCAUGACAAAGGUACUUGCAAAAUCACGAAAUUGAAUUAAGAAUAAACUCAUAUUUGAAUUGUUAUAAAGCGAUUCAAGACUUUGUUAUUAUAAUAUUAUAUGUUGCUCCUUUUGAAAAAUAUACUUUUAUAUACAAGUGCUCGCGCUGCUGGAAAUGGACAAUAAAGACAACAAAAAUAA